UAUUCUGAAGAUACAUAAACGAGAGAGGUAAUUGCUUGUUGCCAUGUCGGAUGCGCAUUUGGAAGCGCCGCCUUCGGUACGCCUCACCAACGAUGAUUUUCGAAAGCUGCUGGCCACGCCGCGUGCCCCGCCACCAGGAUCCUCGAGCAGCGCAGGCAGCGGUUACCUGGCCACCGCCCAGUUUGCCACGCCUUCUGCUGUCGGUGAAAAGAAGAAAAGCCAGAGUAGCAGCGAACGAAAUGACCUACGUCGCAAGAAAAAGAACUUCUAUGCAGCACUCAAGAAGCAGGAGGAUGUCAAGCUGCAGGAACUCUCGGAAAAGUACAGAGAUCGUGCCCGCGAACGUCGUGACAAUGCCAAUCCGGACUAUCAGAAUGCCAGCACGCCCGGUCAUGGCAGCAGCACAAAUGCCUAUAGGGCCGUGGCACCAGAUAUGAAAUCUGGAGUGGAUGCAGCAGAGCGCCGACGUCGUAUCAUACAGGAGUCAAAAUUCUUGGGCGGUGACAUGAAGCAUACGCAUUUGGUGAAGGGUCUUGAUUACGCCCUGCUGCAGAAGGUGCGAUCCGAGCUGCACAGCAAGGAAGCCGAAGAGGAGGAACUGGCCGCUGCCUUGGCACGAGAAAAGUUGGCCGAAGAAGCAGCCGCCGCGGAGCAAUUGGAGGCCGAACGUCGCGAGGCUGAGGACAUAAAUGCGAUCAACGGUCCCAUGGCACGCAACAUAUAUAAUCUCAUACAGGCGCGGCGCUCCAAGGAGGUGCCCCGCAAUGAGCUGUUUGCGCCCGGACGCAUGGCCUAUGUGAUCGACAUGGAGGAUGAGAUGGACAUGGAUAUACCGACGACGCUGAAGCGCUCCAAGUAUGAGGUGCCCGUGCCGCGAGAGGACAUUGCAACACUGACCACGAACGACAUUGUCAUCAAUAAGCUGUCCCAAAUUCUGAGCUACCUGCGAGCCGGUGGACGCAACAAGAAGAACAAGAAGCGCGACAAGGAUAAGCCCCUGUUCUAUGAGAAGGAAGUGGAGAAUGUGCGUGGCGGCAACAGCAGCGCCAGUGGCGCAGCUUCCAGUGGCAGCAGCUCAAUGCCGAGCAGCAGCAGCGGCAGCAAAACCUCGAAAGCUGUGGGCGACAGCAUCUACGAUGAUGUGGGCGAUUAUCAGCCCUCAAACUCGCGCAGUGAUCGGCAUCAGUCGAAGCCAACAACGGGGCAAUCCUACUUCGGAGAUGCACCCGCCGAGCCGGAGCCGGUAAUAACAAGUAUACCGCCACCUCCAAAGAUAUCCAAGGCGAUGGCGUCACGUUUUGCCAACGAACCGGAGGGCUAUGCUGAAUGCUAUCCGGGUCUGGAGGAGAUGAACGAUGCCAUUGAUGAUUCAGAUGAUGAGGUGGACUAUACAAAAAUGGACUUGGGUAACAAGAAGGGCCCGAUCGGACGCUGGGACUUUGAUACGCAGGAAGAGUACUCGGACUACAUGAGCACGAAGGAGGCGCUGCCCAAAGCUGCCUUCCAGUACGGAGUUAAGAUGCAGGAUGGUCGCAAGACGCGCAAAAACAAAACCGAGAAGAACGAAAAAGCCGAGCUCGAUCGCGAGUGGCAAAAAAUCCAAGGUAUCAUACAGAAGCGCAAGCUGCCCAAGGAUGGAGGCGGAGAUGAACCAGACUACAAAUCGGCUAAAUACUAAAUUAGUUCAGAACGGAAAUUCCUUUCAGGAUUUGCA